AUUUGGUCACGGCCCAUAUGGGCCUAUUAAGUCAGUGAAAGUGACGAACCUUGUUAGUGCAUUCACCUUUUUCAAAUUUUGUUUUUUUUUUCCAUCAUGACCAUGCUUUUAAUUUUAGCUUAUGGAGUGACGAUUUAAUUAUUGUUCUCACAAAAAUCCAAAACUCUCUUUUUUGCCAGUCAGCGUAAUUAAUGUUGAAGCUUAAUCAACAUUAAUUAAAAGAUUACCAAAUGUCAUUUUGUAUUUGCCAAAGUCUCUCUCUCCAUUGUUGAUGUGUACAAAACCUGAAAUAGCGGCAAAUCUCUCACCACAUUUUCGUUUCCUCUCCCUUUUUUCCAUUUUCUUCUUCUUCUUUCUUCGAAUCAAGAGAAUUUUAGAACGACGCACCUUGCUCUUGGCAAAAAUCUGUAAAAAGGUAUUAUCUUUGUAAUUCCUUAUUUUCAGUUUUUGUUCUUUGUGAUAAUGACAACACACAACAAACUCAUCAUCUAUGUUACCAAAAAAAAAAAAAAAAUCAUCUAUAAUCCUACCAUGAUGCAUCAGCUUCAUGCAUGCAGUUUAUUUAUCGUCCACCACCUUGUUUGUUUGUUUUUUGUGGGGUUUAAUUCAUGUGGGGAAACCAAUCAAUUUUUCUUACGAAUUUGUUUGAAUAUCCGAUGCUCGUACUGAAUCAAUUCUAGCUUGUUGGGUUCUUCUUCUUCUUGUUGUUUUGCUUGCCAAGAGCCUCUGUUAUUGUGGCUUUGGUAUGAAAUUUGCAGUUGCUUUUUUUUUGAGGAUCAUGGUAACCUUUACCAUGUUAUGGUUGAGUUGAUGAUAAAUAAUGUUUCAGAAAAAUAACUAUGAAUCAAUAGAAGCUUCGUGGUCUCAGUUACAAUGGUUCUUUCAGAGAUUCUAGUACCUACAUUGCAAGAGAACUCCCUUUUGUUUUUCAAGUUACAUUGUGGUGUAGAUUAGGAAUAGCUCUCCUUUCUUUGCUUUGUUGCACGCCUUGUACCCCUUGUCUAGUUUCUUCUGACUUUGAAUAUCUAUAGAUACGUCCCAACUCAUACUUGUUAACUUUCUUUGCAGGUUUCUUGAAUAAGAAGCUAUUGAGGGUUUAAGCUUUGCAAAAAAAAAAAAAAAAAAAAAAGAAGAACUAGAAUGGCGUUUUCUAUGAGAGAUUUAGAUGAGGCUCUCCAAGGAUGUGGCCAGAAAUUGUAACCUUCUCUCACUCUUUAUUUUACUCCUUGCGGUAUUGCUUUUUGAUCAUUUGCAUAUUUUAUAUCUCUGGGUGGUUGCAUAUAUAUACAGUGGGAUUGAAAUAUGGCGCAUCGAGAACUUCAAACCUGUCACUAUUCCAAAAGAGUCUCAUGGUAAAUUCUUCACCGGGGAUUCCUAUAUUGUCUUAAAGACCACAGCGUCAAGAAGCGGUUCCCUGCAUCACGAUAUUCACUACUGGCUCGGUAAAGACUCCACUCAGGAUGAAGCUGGUGCUGUAGCCAUUAUGACAGUUGAGUUAGAUUCAGCUUUAGGUGGGCGUGCUGUUCAGUACCGAGAAGUGCAGGGUCACGAGACUGAGAAGUUCCUUUCCUACUUCAAGCCUUGCAUAAUACCUCAGGAAGGUGGAGUUGCUUCAGGGUUCAACCACGUAAAGCCCGACAAGCAUCAGACGCGUCUGUAUAUCUGCAAAGGCAAACAUGUCGUCCGUGUAAAAGAGGUUCGGUUUGCUCGAUCGACUCUCAACCACGACGAUGUUUUCAUUCUCGAUACAGAGUCCAAAAUAUUUCAGUUCAGUGGUUCCAGUUCGAGUAUUCAAGAAAGAGCAAAAGCUCUUGAGGUUGUUCAGUACAUCAAAGACACUUACCAUGAUGGAAAGUGUGAUAUCGCAGCUGUGGAGGAUGGGAGGUUGAUGGCUGAUGCCGAAGCUGGAGAGUUUUGGGGUUUGUUUGGUGGAUUUGCUCCGCUUCCUAAGAAAUCAGCACUCAGUGAUCACCGGACCGCUGGAUCUGACGGGAUCAAACUCUUCAGUGUUGAGAAGGGACAGACAAAACCCACAGAAGCUGAGUCUUUGCAGAAAGAGCUUCUAGACACUAACAAAUGUUACAUUCUCGAUUGCGGUCUCGAGUUGUUCGUUUGGAAGGGGAAAAAUACUUCAAUCGACCAAAGGAAGAGAACAAGUGAAACUGCAGAAGUAAAUUUCUUCUCAUGCACUAAACGAAUAGUCUUUGGUUUGAUGAGUUUUGCUAAACGUCACUCUUCUUUUUUUUGUCAGGAGUUUUUCCGUUCAUCUGAACGUCCAAAAUCAAACCUGGUCAGUGUGAUGGAAGGGUUUGAAACAGUGAUGUUCCGAUCUAAGUUUGAUUCAUGGCCCGCUACAAGUGCCGUAGCUGAGCCCCAGCAUGGCAGAGGCAAAGUGGCAGCUCUUUUGCAACGGCGGGGAGUUAACGUUCAAGGCCUGGUGAAGACUUCUUCUUCUUCUUCUAAAGACGAGCCUAAGCCAUACAUUGAUGGCACAGGAAAUCUCCAGGUCUGGCGAAUCAACCGCGAGGAGAAGAUCCCUCUCGAAGCAGCAGAGCAAUCAAAGUUCUAUACCGGAGAUUGUUAUAUAUUCCAGUACUCGUAUCCCGGAGAAGACAGAGAGGAAACUCUAGUGGGUACUUGGUUAGGAAAGCAAAGCGUUGAGGAAGACAGAGCAUCUGCUAUUUCCAUGGCAAGCAAGAUGGUUGAAUCCAUGAAGUUUAUGCCAGCUCAGUCUUCAUCCUUGCAGGCUCGCAUUUACGAGGGAAAAGAACCGAUUCAAUUUUUCGUGAUCAUGCAAAGCUUCAUCACAUUUAAGGGUGGUCUAAGUGAUGCUUUCAAAAAGUACAUAGUAGAGAACGAAGUCCCUGACACUACUUAUGAUGCAGAAGGUGUUGCUCUGUUCAGGGUUCAAGGUUCUGGACCCGAGAACAUGCAAGCCAUACAGAUAGAAGCGGUUUCCACAGGGUUAAAUUCUUCUUACUGUUAUAUAUUACAUGGUGAUUCUACGGUUUUCACUUGGCGUGGCAAUCUAACUUCCUCGGAUGAUCAAGAACUCAUGGAGAGAAUGUUGGAUCUGAUCAAGCCAAAUGAAAACACCAAGGCACAAAAAGAAGGUUCAGAGUCUGAACAGUUUUGGAAAUUACUAGGAGGGAAAUCAGAAUAUCCGAGCCAAAAGAUCAAAAAGGAUGGAGAGAGUGAUCCUCAUCUCUUCUCUUGCACAUUCUCAAACGAAAAUCUAAAGGUUACAGAGAUCUUCAACUUCACUCAAGAUGAUUUGAUGACUGAAGACAUCUUCAUUCUUGAUUGUCACACUGAGAUCUUUGUCUGGGUCGGGCAACAAGCUGACCCCAAGAAGAAACCGAAAGUUUUAGCCAUUGGAGAGAAAUUCCUUAAGCACGACUUCCUUCUAGAGAAUCUAGCAAGCGAAACACCGAUAUACAUCGUAACUGAAGGAAACGAACCUCCAUUUUUCACUCGGUUCUUUACCUGGGACUCUUCUAAAUCUGCAAUGCAUGGAAACUCUUUCCAGAAAAAGCUAGCAAUCCUGACAAACAAAGGGAGGCCGCUUCUAGAAAAACCUAAAAGGAGAGCACCGGUGUACAGCAGCAGAUCCAGCGUUCCAGACAAAUCACAACCGCGGUCAAGAAGUAUGACUUCUACUCCAGACAGAGCCCGUGUGAGGGGACGUUCUCCAGCUUUCAACGCACUAGCUGCUAACUUUGAGAACAUAGGCACAAGAAACCAAUCAACUCCACCACCUAUGGUUAGCCCUUUGGUCCGGAAGCUCUACCCUAAAUCUCUUGCACCAGACCUCACCCCCAGAUCCGCAGCUUUUGCUGCCCGCACAGCCCUUUUUGAGAAAUCUAGGCCUACUCCUCAAGAAACACCAAGUAGCCUCGGUCCAUCUGAAGAUACAAACGAAGCGGAGGAACCUAAGAUGACAGAGGACGAAUCGAUGAGCAGCAUUCGUGAAGAUUCCAAAGAAGAAGAAGAAGCGGAAGAAGAAGAAAGCAGCCUCCCUACUUUCCCAUACGAACGGCUCAAAACUGACUCAGAGGAUCCUCCUCCAUCAGAUAUCGACCUCACUAGACGAGAGGCAUACAUGAGUGCAGCAGAGUUCAAGGAGAAACUUGAGAUGACAAAGAGUGAGUUCUAUAAACUGCCCAAGUGGAAACAAAACAAGCUUAAAAUGGCCGUUCAUUUAUUCUGAAACAAUCUUCCCUCAAGAAACUCAGUCUUCAUCCCAAGUUCCCAACCCCAAAGCCUGUAAGUUGGUCCCUUUGUUUCAGUGCAAUCUUACUCUUAUGAAUAGACCAGGAGAGAUCCGGUUUAAUUGCUAAACACAGGCUCUUGAUCAAGUUUUGAAAGAUAAAAAAAAUCCGGUUUAGUGUAGUGUGUCUUCCCUUAUUAAAUCUUAUACCUCCUCUUCUUUUGCAGUUCAAGAAACACAUACAGGGCAUCAUGAAUUGAUCUUCAUCUUCUGAGCUGCUUACAAAUAAUGAAAUACAUCAUUUUAAAAAUCCUUGCAUUCUGUAAAUUUUCUUAUAAACUAAAUGAUUCUAGUUUUCUAACAUUUAUACUUAGGAUUUGUUUGUGUGGCGGUUUGUUUUUAUGAUUUCUCACUGAUCAGUGUGCCUGUGGCUGUGGGGUACCUUAACUUUUCUCUGUUGCUAAGAAACAAUGUAAAUUAAUCUUAUAUUUAUUCAGAUGGUACCCUAGCCAUCUGUGAUGAAACAACUACCACAGAUCUCCAUUUUCAUAGGUCUCACAUUGGUUUGGUUUUAUUGUUUUAUUAAUUUAAACUAAGUUUAAUGAGUUAAACAACAUAACAAUUUAAUGGCAUAGUAAACUAAAAAAAAAUCUAUAAAACUAAAAAUCUAACUCAAAAUAUGUAGACUACAAGUUUUUUUUGAGAAAAUUUGUAAUUUAUUAAUUGUUUAACACUUUAUAGUUUGUUUUUAUUUUUUUGUGAUGUAAUAUAUUGAUUUUCAUUUUUUUUUCCAAGCCCCCGAAAUAUUAGGUAGGAACAGCCCUGGUCGUCAGUAAUCUUCAUUGAUCCCAUGUUUUAAACAUUUUUAAUCACUUAAUGCUAACAGAAUUAAAAAAACGGAGUAAGUCAUUUU